AUGCCCUCGAGAAAUUCAUCGAGCAUCCGAGAGGCGGGCGAGAGGGCGCGUGGAGGGCCCUCUGUCACUAUCCCGCCCACCACAACCGCAGUCACUAUCCCGCCCACCACAACCGCAGUCACUAUCCCGCCCACCACAACCGCAGUCACUAUCCCGCCCACCACAACCGCAGUCACUAUCCCGCCCACCACAACCGCAUUCACUAUCCCGCUCACCACAACCGCAUUCACUACCCCGCCCACCACAACCGCAGUCACUAUCCCGCCCACCACAACCGCAGUCACUAUCCCGCCCACCACAACCGCAGUCACUAUCCCGCCCACCACAACCGCAGUCACUAUCCCGCCCACCACAACCGCAGUCACUAUCCCGCCCACCACAACCGCAGUCACUAUCCCGCCCACCACAACAGCAUUCACUAUCCCGCCCACCACAACCGCAGUCACUAUCCCGCCCACCACAACCGCAUUCACUAUCCCGCUCACCACAACCGCAUUCACUACCCCGCCCACCACAACCGCAGUCACUAUCCCGCCCACCACAACCGCAGUCACUAUCCCGCCCACCACAACCGCAGUCACUAUCCCGCCCACCACAACAGCAUUCACUAUCCCGCCCACCACAACCGCAUCCACUAUCCCGCCCACCACAACCGCAUCCACUAUCCCGCCCACCACAACCGCAGUCACUAUCCCGCCCACCACAACCGCAGUCACUAUCCCGCCCACCACAACCGCACUCCCUCCCUCGUUCCCCCCAUCCCUCCCUCCCUCCCUCGUCCCCCCCAUCCCUCCCUCCCCGCACAGGCCAAGUUUUAUCAUCGUUUUCAACUGGAGGCCAAACUUUCCCCACGUCUUUUUAGUGCACGACGGCAGCGGCGCCCGGGACCUGCGAGUGCCAACUUCGAAGGCCAAGCACUACCGCUACUUCCAACGCCGCUACCUUACCGAUACCGCAACUAUCACCAAUGCUACCGCUAGCACCACCGUCACCGCCGCCGCCGCUACCGCAACCGCCACCGCAACCACAGCCUUGUCUCGGGGCGCAGGGCAGCUCGCUAUACCUGUUACUCAUCAGCUAAUGAUAAUCAGAACGCCCCUUCAGAUGUACCUAACAGCGCAAGUUCCUGAAGCUGACGCGCUGAAGUUAAUGUCAAUGGGUGUUCGUAAUGGCGGUGAUGCCUUGUUAAUGGUGAUGGGGAAUGUCUGA